AUGGUAAAAGCCAAAAUACAUGGACAAUACAUCAAGCAGGCUGCCGUUAAUGCAGAUCCUGAAAUUUACAAUAAGGUUUUCUCUGCGUCUACUUGGGUUGCGACAAUCUUGGGCAACAUGUUCAAGAAAAUGGGGAGCAUCCCAUUCAAGAACAAUGUCAAAAUCAUGCAGAAGAACGGCAUUCCCAAUUUUGCCGAUCUGGGUUUCACGGACAGUACCACAAAAUUGGCCGGUUCUCCUCACAUCUUAUACAUGGACAGUUUUUACAAUUAA